GUCAUACAAUCGUUCAGUUCACCAGCAGUCAAGUGUCCGCCGGUAAAGACACUCGCUGUAUCACCAGGUCCAAGAGGAGGAACUCAAAGCAUUCUUGUCGAGACCCCUUCCCUCCACAGCUUCCUUGUACGCACACCGAAUUCCACUUUUCACCGAGAGCAAGGUUGACUGACCCACGACCAGCACAGGCCAACGCGAAGCAACUCUGUUAUCCAUGAGCUGCUCUUAAUUCCUCACCUCCAGUCUUUCGCUUCCGAAGUAUAUUGAACGCGUUCCCCCCACCAGUCGAGCGAAUCCCCGGAAUACACGAGGCUUCUUGCUGUCUCGUCGAACCGAUAUACCUUAAUUGAAGAAGCAAGAACAACACCGCAAAGAUGGGAAUUGGAAACUACUUCAAGGCGAAGAAGCCUGAGCCAGCAGCGGCGCCAACCAUGACGGAAAAGCCAGCUUCGACUUCACCACACCACAGUUACAACAUGGAGCUUCAACCACCUCAAUCGAGAUUUGGAUCGUCACGAAAUUCCAUUUCAAAUCGAUCGACACAGAGCUCGACUUUCUUGGAUGAUAUCAAACAUGAGGUUAUGGUCAACUACCUGUACCAACAACAAUGUUCACAUCUCUGGGUCAGUGAUGGAAGUGGAGAGAUCGAGGGUGUUCUCCUCAGGAAGUCGAAAAACACAUACAUGGCUUGCCCGCCACAAUUGGGCAGUUCUCCCUUUGCUGCAGCAUGUGCUGCUCUUAAUGUUCAGUGUGCCAUGACCGUCAAUUCCAGAGUUAUCAAGACCUUCCUUCAAUGGUCUCCCGACGCGGUUGAUGUACCUUUACUCAAUGGUCUCCGCAUUCAAAUUCUUCCUACAAUCGAGGACCUUCCUCGUGCGAGAAAACAUCAGUUCGCUGCGUUCGUAGCAUCAGAAGCUUUGUUGGUUGUCUGGGACGACGAGGCCCUCCACUUGGUUCAACGUGCAAAGGCUAUCGAGUCUGAGUUGAUGGAACUUGUAUGGAAGACCGGCGAGCCCGACGAUGAGGAUGGCAAGAAGGAAGCAAAUGUUGGUGUGUAUGAAAUCGAUGAGGAGAGUGGAGAAGUCAUUCCAGAGAAGCGACCACUGCACUUGCAGAAUACCGUUCUUGUGGCUCUCACGAUCAUGCUGAUCAUGACAACACUGGGUGCUGGUGCCCGACAAUUGGCGAUUGAAACCGAUGUUGAUGGCACCUACAUUCGUCUCGCACUUCUGUGCUUGACACCAGUACAAAUUUUCUUCACCCUUUUCUUCGGACAAGUCAUCAUGGGUUGUUUGGCGCAGAUCUUCGGUCCCGUCCGACAACUGACCAUCAACUCCAAGUUCUACUCCGCCAAGGCUCCUCCCAGGAUUCAAGGUGCUGUUCUCCCCCACCUCACCAUUCAGUGCCCUGUCUACAAGGAGGGUUUGAGCUCUGUCAUUGCACCCACCGUCAAGUCAAUCAAGCAGGCCAUCUCAACCUACGAACUCCAAGGUGGUUCGGCCAACAUGUUCAUCAACGAUGAUGGUCUCCAAAUCAUCGGCGAGGAGGAGCGACGUGCCAGAAUCGAAUUUUAUGCCGACCACAGCAUCGGAUGGGUCGCAAGACCUAAGCAUGGUGACAACUUCGUACGAAGAGGAAAAUUCAAGAAAGCUUCCAACAUGAACUUCGGAUUGAACAUUUCCUGCAUGGUUGAAGACAAAUUGGCCUUAAUUCAACGUCCUGUCGACUGGACUCAAGCCGACGAGGCUCAAGCUUAUGAACGAUGCCUCAAGGAAGCUCUCGAGGAGAACGGACGUGCCUGGGCCGAUGGCAAUAUCCGUAUUGGAGACUACAUCCUGCUGAUUGAUUCCGAUACCCGUGUCCCCGCUGAUUGUCUCUUGGAUGCUUGCUCCGAAAUGGAGCAAUCCCCUGAUGUCGGUAUUAUGCAAUUUUCCUCCGGUGUCAUGCAAGUCGUCAACACCUACUUUGAGAACGGUAUCACUUUCUUCACCAACCUUAUCUACACUGCCAUUCGAUACACUGUUGCCAACGGUGAUGUUGCACCAUUCGUCGGUCACAACGCCAUUCUCCGCUGGUCUGCCAUUCAACAAGUUUCUUACUACGAUGAGGACGGAUACGAAAAGUUCUGGUCUGAAUCUCACGUGUCUGAGGAUUUCGAUAUGUCUCUCCGUCUUCAGUGCAAUGGAUACAUCAUUCGUCUCGCUGCCUGGGCUGGUGAAGGGUUCAAAGAGGGUGUGUCUUUGACUGUGUACGAUGAGUUGGCUCGAUGGGAGAAAUAUGCCUACGGAUGUAACGAGCUUCUGUUCUACCCAAUCCGCAAGUGGAUCUACAAGGGCCCAUUCACCCCAUUGUUCCGUACUUUCUUGUUCUCCAACAUUCGAUUCACCUCAAAGAUCACCAUCUUGUCUUACAUCGGAACUUACUACGCUAUCGGCGCUGCCUGGAUCAUGACAACUGCCAACUACUUCGCCAUCGGAUGGUACAACGGUUACUUGGACAAGUACUACGUUGAUUCGUGGAAGGUUUGGUUCUCCAUCAUCAUCGUCUUCAACGGUCUCGGAAACAUCGCUCUGGCUGUCCUCCGUUACCGUGUUGGUGAACGAUCCCUCUUGUACGCCAUCUUCGAGAACUUCAAGUGGACCUUCCUCCUCGCCAUCUUCUUGGGUGGUCUCUCCCUCCACGUGUCUCAAGCUCUUCUCGCACACAUGUUCGAGAUUGACAUGACAUGGGGUGCCACCUCUAAGGAAGCUGAAUUCUCUAACUUCUUCAUCGAAGUCCCCAAGGUGCUCUCAAAAUUCAAGUUCUCCAUCCUGUUCUCCAUCACCGGCAUCGCAGGCAUGAUCAUCCUCGCCGAAGCUCCAUUCGUCCCAUACGACUGGCAAAUCAAGGACUUCGUCGCUAUCCUCCCCAUGGCGACGGUCACAGCCUCGCAUCUGCUGUUACCGCUCGCGCUCAACCCUGCUCUGAUGACCUUCUCGUGGUAAACGGAGCACGGGACGAGUAUCGCGUUUGCUUGCUUUCUGUCACAUGGGAAACUUGAAUCUUUUUUCAGCAGCUGUCACGAAUGAGGAGUUUGUUAUGCAUGGCUGGCAUAUGUGUUGUCGUUGUAUAUGAAGAGCGGGUUGGUAGUCAGUCAGGGUAGAUGGAUUGGAGAUAUGGGAUGGGG